AUGUCGAAUGACGGCGAUUUUUUACGGCUCUGCCUGCAGUGGACGUUGCUGCCCGACACAACCCGUCAGCAAGGCGAGAUGGCUCUGCUGCAGCUGGAACAUCGUGAGGACUUUGGACCGCUCCUGGUGUCGAUUAUUGAUGAUCCAUCCUGUGCAUUAGACAUCCGUGCGGCCGCUGCCGGAGUGCUGAACAACUACAUUCGCAAAUGCUGGCCGGAACCCCAUAAAGCGCAAAGUGUGCUGGUUCCCGCUGCCACCUGCGACUACCUGAAGCAGGAAUUGGUUCCUCUCAUGUAUCGUGUCCCGCAAAUCAUUCAACAGAACAUCAGCGAAACUAUCACCGGUAUUGCGAAGAUUGAUUUCCCAACGAACUGGCCUGCUUUGAUAACUGACCUCACAGCCAGAUUCGACGCAAAGGAAUCUGAUAUCGACGCCAUUCUGGCGUCUCUACGCACUGCCCACGGCCAUUUUAAGCAUUAUCGUGUCGCCUGCAAAUCGCCAGCCCUAGUGGAAGAAAUCCUUCAUGUCGUGGAUAAGUUCGCCACCAAGUUCACAAUGUUAUUCGAGGGAAUUAUCGCCGACAUUCCGAAUCUGAAGGAAUUAUCUCGUGAGGAUUCGCAUGCGACGGUCACCCUGAUUAAAGCGUUCCAUGUCGUUCUGUUCUGCUGUAAAAUCUACCACAGCUUGAUUUUCCAAGGAUUUCCCGAGUUAUUUAUCCAGAAUUUCCACGCCUGGAUAUCCAAUUUUAACACACUUUUGUAUUACGAAAACAGCGAUCUGCGCGCUGACAAUGAUGAUGAGCCGGGUGUUCUGCGCAAUAUCCAGUCGGAAAUCUGUGACAUUCUCACCCUGCUGGCUGUUCAGUAUGACGUUGCUUUUGAUCCUUAUGCGGCACAGUUUGUGCAGAGCGUUGUUACGCUGACGACGAAGGCCACACCGUGGAUGCAGGACGACCAGCUGGUCCUGAGCUCCAUGGAAUUUCUGAGCGCAGCACUGGCGCAGGAUGUAUUUCGCAAUGUGUUUAAUGGAAAAGGCUUACUCGAGGCCGUUUGUGAGCAGAUCAUCCUUCCAAAUAUGCAGCUGCGCCCGUCGGAUACGGAUGACUUUGAUUCCCAGCCGGAAGAAUGUAUCCGUCGUGAUAUUGAAGAUUCAGAUAUCCCAACACGCCGCCGAGCCGCUGCUGGUCUGGUGCGCGCUGCCAUGAUAUUCCACGAGAAGCGCGUUACGGACUGCUUGCUGGCCUGCACCGAGAAGUGGUUAAGUGAAUAUCAGAAAGAUUCCCAUGGUAAUUGGCAGAUGAAAGUCUGUGCCAUUUUCCUUACGAUGGCCUUGGCUGCGAAGGAGCAACGGCCACGGCUUCCGGUGGAAAUGCUGGUCUCCUUCUUCCCGGCCGUGGUCCGCCAUUUAGAAUCGCCGUAUACGGCGGUGCACACCUACGCCGCACACUGCCUGGAACGACUGCUCUCCCUGAAAGAGCGGAGCACGGGGCGGUUGCGCCUCACACCGCACCAGCUGCCGCUCUAUCUCGGCGCACUGGAUCGCACCGCCUCCCUGAAUCCUCUGCCACCCCGGACGCUCUUCUCGCAUCUGCUGGCCUGUCGCUGGACUAGUCCGCCGGAUGACGCCCAUCCCCGUGGACGACUGGAUGAGAACGAAUACGCCAUGAAAUGUACACGCACUACGCAGUUGCUGGCAACGGUGAACCGUGGUCACUUUCCUGCUUCCUUAGGUGUUAUGCGAGCACUGUCCUUCUUCCAGUGGAGCAGCGAAAUGGGGCCGCAUUUGAUGGACAUUGUGCCCCAACUGCUGCAGCGGAUGGACAAUGCGAUCAUAGCCAGUACCACAAACAAUCCAUCUCUCAUGCAAAAUCCGGGAAAUGCGCGCUACGCUCAUUAUGUGUUCGAAUCCACGGCAUUAUGCAUCCGCAUAGCUUGUCGAGAGCGCGCGCCUCUUGUACAAGUACUGGAACAGGGCUUACUAGCCGGCGCAACCGUUGUUCUGCAGAAAUCAGUCGAAGCAUGCGUCCCGUACGUGUUGCAACUGUUGGCCCAACUACUGGAGAGUCGAGCCGGCAGCGGUGACGUUCCCGCCGACUACCUGCUGCUACUGGAUCGGCUAGCGCUGUUGUACCCGGCAUCGCUGCGCGGCAACGAGGCGCUGCUGCCGUCGCUGGUCCGCCUCGUGGGCGCCUACUUCCAGGCCAACGCCCAGCAAGUGGUCGGACAACUGAAGCCGGCACUGGGCCUAUUCAAGAUGCUGGUGACGAGCCAGAAGUACGACCACGAAGGAUUCAACCUCUUGCGACCCAUCAUCGACAACACUCCACGAGACAGUUUGCAGGAGCAUCUAGCAGGGAUCUUUACCCUCUUCUUCCAGCGCUUGCAGUACAAUCUGGUGCCGACACUGUACCUCAUGGUGGUGCGGCUGGGAACGGCCGCCUUCAUUUCCAGUGCUGAUACGGUACAGCCGAAUAUUUUUGCCAUGUUGUUGGAUCGCAUUAUGCUGCCGGAAGUGCUAAAGGUGCAACGGCGGCUGCCUCGGAAGCUGUGCAUUGUCGGCUGUGUGGCGCUGCUGACCGAUACUGUCCACGUGUUGGACGGCGUCUACGAUUCACGUGGCGAAUUUUUACUGAUGAGCAUCCUGGAAGCUUGCGUCAAGUUGACUCAACGGCCUCCGGAAAAGGAGAAUGUGGAAGAUGCGCAUUCAUUUGAGGUGGCACGGGCCACUGCGCCGCAUCAACUGGUGUUCGCCAGAAAGGCCGAAGGAGACUACGUCAGCGGUGUGGUUAUGGAUGACAGCCAGAAACUUCUAGCCACACAGCUGGCCAGCUUAACCCUUAGCCGACCGGAAACGGUGCGCGCCAGACUGCACGACUGCUCUGUUCCCGAAGUACGGAAGUUUGUUGACCGCUACUGUCCGAUGGCCAGCGUGACCCUUACAUAA